CUUUUUUUGCAGGUCUCUCUGGAUCUUGUGAAAAGUUUAUAUGCAAAGUUUAUUGAUUGGGAUUCUGAGAUGAUAGAUUAUGAGACUGGUAUUCCUUCACAUGCAACGAACACAGCAAUAAGUGAGGACCUUGGACAAGUUGAGUACAUAAUGACUGACAAAACUGGAACACUAACUGAAAAUAGAAUGAUCUUUAGAAGAUGUUGCAUUAAUGGCGUUUUCUAUGGAAAUGAGAGUGGUGAUGCGCUGAAAGAUGAUAAGCUGCUUAAUGCUGUUGCUGGUAGCUCUCUUGACGUUAUUCAAUUUGUCACAGUUAUGGCUAUAUGUAAUACUGUUAUUCCUAUAAAGAGAAAAACCGGAGCCAUCUUGUACAAGGCACAAUCUCAGGAUGAAGAUGCUCUUGUUAAUGCUGCUGCUCAAUUGCAUAUGGUUUAUACCAAUAAGAAUGCAAAUAUUCUAGAGAUCAGGUUCAAUGGUUCAAUAAUUAAGUAUGAACUAUUGGAAAUUUUGGAGUUCACUUCUGAUAGGAAAAGAAUGUCAGUGGUUGUUAAAGAUUGCCAGAACGGAAAAAUUUUACUUUUAUCAAAAGGUGCAGAUGAUGCAAUUCUCCCUUAUGCUUAUGAUGGGCAACAAACAAGAACAUUUAUUGAAGUGGUAGAACAAUAUGCUCAAUUGGGGCUACGUACUUUAUGCUUAGCUUGGCGUGAAUUGAAAGAAGAUGAGUAUCAAGAGUGGUAUUUGAUGUUCAAAGAGGCUAGUAGCACAUUAGUUGACAGGGAGUGGAGGAUUGCUGAGGUUUGCCAAAGAUUAGAACAUGAGUUUGAGGUUCUUGGAGUCACUGCAAUAGAAGACUGUCUACAGGAUGGUGUACCUGAAACAAUUGAAACACUCAGGAAAGCAGGAUUAAAUUUUUGGAUGCUGACCGGAGACAAGCAGAAUACUGCCAUACAGAUCGCCCUUUCUUGCAAUUUUAUUUCCCCUGUUUUCAUGGUUCCUAAAUGUUUGAAACUAUGCUACUUGUAUGAUUUGUUGCUUGGAUUGAACAAAUACAUUUAUUCAAGUUCUCAUUUCUUGCAUCUCUCCACAUGCCUGCAAAUACUUCGUGUUGUUGACUGCUGGGACUGA